CCAACCUCCAGCCUGGCCAGCUGGCCUUCUAACGUCUUUCUCUUUCAUUUCACAUUCUUCUUCCGAGCUCCACAGAGUCACGCACGGUCUCUCGCCCUCUCGAUGGAUUUCUCAAGUCCUCCAGGUGCUCGCAAAGGUUUCAAGAGAUCCGAAUUGUACUCUACAGUCCUCAUUCAUGGCGACGGUGACGAAGAAGAAGAAGAAGAAGAAGAAGAAGAACAGCGGCGAGGAUACAAGCGUGCAGACGAAGAAGAAGACAUUUACGGAACGAUGCUCUACAAAGACCAGAAUGAUGAUUCAUCUCUUCCUCCUCUUCUUCAACGUGUUCCGAAGGACUUUGGGGCCAUGGUGGACGACGACGAUGAAGAUUAUGACGGUGGAGAUUUCUCAGGUACCAUGAUUGUUAAAACCAAUCGCAAUCGAUCUUCUCCGUCGACCUCAUCGGCAGCUUCGGCUAGGCGUAUGCGUAAUUCGUCUUUUGGAGAUCGGAGUCAUGUCAGUCCGAGGAAGAGAAUGGAAGAGGAAGACAAUUACUCGACGUUUGUGGUGAAAUCGACGGUUCGCUCGAGUGAGGAGUCCUUGACGGGGACUGUUGUUAGGAGAACUGGUAGUGGUGGAGCGGGUUCUUACUCGUCUUCCACCAUGAGUAAGGCCGUGGUGAGCAUGCAGGCUGUAGGGGAAUUAGGGUUCGGGAAGCAGAGGAAAGGGAGUUCUUCGUCACAGGGCGAGGAGAGUCGACAGCAGCUGCCUAGGAAGAUGUCGGUUAGUUCAAUACCUGAGAGCAUUACGAGGGAAGAUCCUUCUUCUAAGUACGAACUGCUCAACGAACUAGGCAAGGGUUCGUAUGGAGCUGUUUACAAAGCUAGAGAUCUGAAGACUUCUGAGCUGGUUGCCAUUAAAGUUAUAUCAUUAUCUGAGGGGGAGGAGGGAUAUGAAGAGAUUCGCGGUGAGAUUGAGAUGUUGCAACAGUGUAGUCAUCCAAAUGUGGUGCGAUACCUUGGAAGCUACCAAGGAGAAGAAUAUCUUUGGAUAGUUAUGGAGUAUUGUGGGGGUGGUAGUGUGGCUGAUUUGAUGAACGUCAAUGAGGAGCCUUUGGAGGAGCAUCAAAUAGCAUACAUUUGCAGAGAAGCAUUAAAGGGUCUAUCUUAUUUGCACUCAAUUUUCAAGGUUCAUAGAGACAUUAAGGGUGGUAAUAUCUUGCUUACCGAACAAGGAGAGGUCAAGUUGGGUGAUUUCGGUGUGGCAGCACAGCUUACCAGGACCAUGUCAAAACGCAACACGUUCAUUGGCACCCCACAUUGGAUGGCUCCAGAAGUUAUCCAGGAAAGCCGCUAUGAUGGAAAGGUGGAUGUGUGGGCUCUUGGUGUGUCAGCGAUUGAAAUGGCUGAGGGGCUCCCACCAAGGUCAACCGUGCAUCCAAUGAGAGUAUUAUUUAUGAUAUCCAUUGAGCCAGCUCCAAUGCUUGAGGACAAGGAAAAAUGGUCUCUUGUGUUUCAUGAUUUUGUUGCAAAGUGCCUUACAAAAGAACCACGUCUACGUCCUACUGCAGCAGAGAUGCUGAAGCACAAAUUCAUUGAGAAAUGCAAAUGGGGGGCUUCUUCAAUGUUGCCAAAGAUUGAAAAAGCGAGGGAAAUAAGAACCUCAUUGGCUGCACAAGCACAAAAUCAAGUUCCAGGGACCGUUAUAGCACGAGAUGGCCUUUUAGAGGAAAGGAAAAGUCCAAAAUUGAAUGAAGACUAUGGAGACACUGUUCCAUCAAGACCAUGGAACAUUGGACUUCAGGGUUCUGGCUCAGAGAAGCAUCAUCUACCAGGUGUGGAACACCCUGGGGAAGGUGACUUUGCAACUGUAGUAAUUCACAGUGGAGUAGAUGUAGACAAGCCAGUCCCUCAAAUGCCAGUUUCCAGCAUUAAAGAAUCUACAGAUGUUCUUAAAAUUUCUGAAAGCCCUUCGUCUAACGCUGCAGGAGGCAAAACAGCUAAACUCUGGUCUGAAAGUACAACACAGGCUGUGGUGAACAACCUCCAAGAUGCAGAACCAAACUCCGAUUCCCAAACCAUGCUGGUAUCAUUGCCUUCUGCUUUUCGAUCUCCUGAACAAAACCAAAAGACAGAAAAUCUUUCUGAGUUACAGGUUGGAGGUGGCAGUAGCACAUUACAGAAGAGUGGUACUGUCGGUCAAAAAGCCUUUGCCUUGCAAGAUAAGCUUUGGUCCAUCUAUGCUGCUGGCAAUACAGUACCCAUACCAUUCUUGAGGGCGACAGACAUAUCUCCCCUUGCUCUGGUGUCGGAUAAUGUGCUUGGGGGCAAACAACAGGGUAACGGUGGUACCAUCGCAAUGGAAGCCAUACAAGAGCUUUUUAGUGGUGAUGGGCAGUCUAAGAAAGGCCGAAGGGGACAAAAUGAGAUACCUCUUCCACCAAGUGUAUAUCGAAGACUUACUUCAAGCUCCACGCUAUUGAAUCUGGCACAGGCAUUGGCUUACCAUAAAAUGUGUUAUGAGGAGAUGCCUCUCCAGGAGCUGCAAGCAACGCAAGAGCAACAAACAAUUCAGAACCUCUGUGAUACUCUUCGAACAAUUUUAAGGUUGUAGAUAUUGACAACGACACCAAGAGUGGUCAUCACUCAGUUCAAUUUUGUUUUCCUUCUUUAGAUAAUCUAUGGCCCUGGAUAGUUUCUGAGAGUAGAGAAUGGUUGAUGAAAAAACGGGGGAGGCAGGAAAGGU